UUAGUGCUGUGUUCCCGCGAGGAAAAUGGUUUAUUUGAGGGUUUUGGUGAGGAAAUUCGUUUAUUCGUGUUUAUUUUCAUGAGAAAAGCUGUUUAUUCUUGUUGGCGAAUAAAAUUGUUUAUUCUCUGGGUGUUUUGGUGAGAGAAAAUAGUCUGUUCCGGGGUUUUGAUUAGGAAAACAAAUCACUUUUGGUUUUUUGAAAAUGAGGAACAGGAUUUAUUCGUAGUUUUCGAUGAGGAAAACAGUUUAUUUUUGCGUUUUUCUUGAGGAAGAAAAAAGAUCAUUUUUGCCUCUUGAGGAAGAAAAUGGUUUAUUUGUGUGUUUUUGAUGAGGAAAAUUACUUAUUUUUGGAGGGGUUUGAUGAGGAAAAUGGUUUAAUCUUGGGGUUUGCAGAAUAAAAUGGUUUAUUCUUGCUUUUUAAUGAGAAAAAUUGUUUAGUCUUGUGGGUUUUAUGAUAUAAAGGUGUUUAUUUUUGCUUCUUAUGAGGAAAAUGGUUUAUUUUUGUGGUUUUGAUGAGGGAAGUGGUUUAUUCUGGAGCUUUCAUUAGGAGAAUGGGCUUGAUAAGGAAAAUUUAGUCUUGGUUAUUUUUAUGAGAAAAACAGUUUAUCCUUGGUUUUGAAUAAUUAAAUAGUUUAUUACUAGGAAUUUCAUUAGAAGACUCAAUAUGUUUUUGGCUUUUAGUGAAGAGUUUGCUUUUAAUUUUGUUUUAUUUUUUUCACUUUUUCUUCAUGUUGAAACAAAAAAAUUUGGAUCCUGAUUUUCCAUGGAAUCACUGAAUGAGAGAUAGGGAGGAGUAAAAAAGGGAAUUUAAUGACUGGAUUUCAAUUACUGCUGGAAUUUAAACAUUAGAAUGUAACUACUGGAAUUUAACUGGAAUUCUGCCAGUCGAAUUAAACUACUGGAAUUUUAACUACAAUAAUUUUCAUGGUCAGAAUUUAACUAAAGAAUAAGCAAUUAAAUAUAUUCCCGCUUCCUAACACUUGCGUUUCCUUCAAUAUAAAUCAUAUAAUAAAUAAUUAAAUAUUUGCUAGGAAAGCUGGAGAUCUCAAGUACCUCAUGAGGUGAUUUGCAUAUUUUUGAAUAGUCAUGAGCUGUAGCAACACCGAGGAGCUGCAGCACCAGAGCGGGAAUCCCUUUUCCAAGGAAUUUUAAAAGGCGGGAUUGGUCUUUUACAUCACUUAAGGAAAGAAAAUGUGAAAUUUAAUGAGGUUGGAUGGUGUUGGAACAGGUUGGACAGGCUGGAGCAGCCUCUCCAUCCCUGGAAUUAUUCCAGGUGUGGUUGGAUGGAGCUUGGAGCAACCUGGGAUGGGGGAAGGUGUCCCUGCCCAUGGAAUGAGAUGAUCUUUAAGGUUCCUCCCAACCCAAACCAUUCCAUGGUUUGUUUGUUUGUUUGUUUUUUUUAAUUUUUUUUUUUCUGUACAACCUCAUUCUGGGAGGGUUUAGUGGAGAAGGCAGAGCAGGACUUUUCCCAUGGAAAACACAGUGGGGGAGCAGGGAUGAGCAGGAAUGUGGGAAACCAGGUUAGAUGGAAUUUUGAAUCACCACGAGGGUGAUUAAACACCUGGGAAAAAGGAGCAGGGAGGUUUUGGGAGACGCUCAAACUCAGCUGGGCGAGGCUUUGAGCACCAGGUUAGAUCCAAAACCUCUUCCAACCCCAGAUUCUUUGGGAAUUCUGCACCAACACUCACAAAUCUACAUUGCUGUGACUCUCCCAACCCAGGGGAAUCUGCCAUGUCCAACCACCCGCCUCCAACAGCGGACGGGAAUUGCUUCUACAUCCUGACGGAGGACUGUGCCUAUGGAAACAAGUACUUCCAAGCUGGGAACUUGUGCUUCUGCAGCGAGAGGAGCUACCUGAGGAAUUUUUCUGAGGAUGGGCCUCCAGCUUGCUUCCUGAAGGUCAUCAUGCUGGACGACAGCUCCACGGUCACCAUCAACCUGGAAAUCCUGCAGCCUGUGCGCCAGGAAGCCGCUGGAUUCCUCCUGGCCAUUGGGAGCCACAGUGAGCGCUUGGAUUUUUUCCUGGAAAGGGUGAGCCUGGAAGGAGCUCUCCGAGCCGUACUGGGUCAAAACGUGAUGGUGGAAGUGGAGCGGGAAUUUUUCCCGGGAAUUGUGCGCUACAUUGGGAGCAUCUACAAGCCCAGUUUGGCUGUGCUGACUCCGGUGUUUUUUGGGGUGGAACUGCAGGGAGAGGGGGAAAACAGAGGGAGAUGCGAUGGAUCCUACCACGGCACCGAGUAUUUCAGGUGCAGGAGGAACUGUGGGAUCUUCCUGCCCUUCAGCAAAAUCCAGUUUAAUACCAUGUCAGGCAACGAUUAUGGGAAGCAGAAGCUGGGAAAACAGGACACGGAGGAGGUGGUUCCUGUGAAAGUUGGCGAUGCUGUCAGCUUCUAUGUGGAUGAGAUCCCCACCAAAGGAAUUGCCAUGGCAGUCUACAGGGAAGGGAACCAAUGGUUCGUGAAAGUUUGCCCGGAAGAAGAAGGAACAACUGACAUUUUCAGGGAAAUCCCCAUGGAUUCUGUUGUGAAAGAGAGCUUGCAAAGUUUUUUCCCAACGUUUGACUCCGACAUGGGCUUUGGAAAACCAAACCCGAUGAAACAAGAGAUCAGCGAGGGCAGUGAGGAGGGAGAAGGUGGGAAUUCACCCCUGGAAGUGAAUUCCAUGGUCCAGAUUACCUUGGACAAAGGGAAUCAAGUUUCAGGAAUCAUCCGCUGGGUGGGCUACCUGCCCCAAAUCAAGGACAAAAUGGCUGGAAUUGAACUGGAUGAAGACAAGGGGGUCACAGCUGGAGACUGGCUGGGCAAGUCCUACUUCCACUGUGCCCCAAAGCGAGGCCUCUUCGUGAGGCUGAAUUCCUGCCAGCCCGAUAUGCGCUUCCAGAGCUUUCCCAACUCUGAUCUAUCCCUCAGGGAUUACAGACAAGAAGUUCUUCCAGAGGGCCCAGAGAGUUUUCCUCCACUCAGGAAUGAGGCAGCAGUCCGUGUUCUCCAAGGGCGGAUGAAGGGCAUCCAAGGUCAUUGUAAUUCCUGCUACAUGGAUGCAGCUCUCUUUAGUCUCUUCUCCUGUACCUCUGUGCUGGACUCCAUGCUCUUCAUGCCCUUCCCACUGUGUGACAGGAAUGUCCAGGGAAUUCUGAGGGAUGAGAUUGUCAAUCCCCUCCGAAGGACUGGCUUUGUCAGGGCCAGCAGUGUGAUGCACCUCCGGGAGCAGCUCACGGACAAAGGCCAGUGCUCCAGCUUUACCAAUGCUGAGAAAGAUCCUGAGGAGUUCCUCAAUCUCAUAAUGCAGCAGAUCCUGGGAAUUGAGCCACUAUUGAAACUCCAGUCAGGAGGCCAGAAGGAGCAGGAAUGUUACUGCUACCAGAUAUUUAUGGAUAAACAGGAGGAUUUGGUGGUUCCUGAUGUGCAGCAGUUGGUAGAACGCUCCUUCCUGUCCUCAGAUCUGAAGCUGGUGGAGAUCCCAUCUUGCUUCAUUAUACAAAUGCCACGUUUUGGGAAGGAAUAUAAAAUGUUCAGCAAAAUCAUUCCCUCCCUGGAGCUGGAUAUAACAGAUCUGCUGCUGGACAGUCCCAGGGAAUGCUGCCUGUGUGGAGAUGUUGCCACUUUGGAAUGCUCAGAGUGUUUCAAGGACAAGGUGUUCUCAGCCACGGGCCUGAAGCAGUUCUGCAGCUCCUGCUCCAGACAGGUUCACUCCCAUCGCCUCCGCAAAGCACACAAACCCAGGAGGCUGCACAUUCCAGAGGAAUUCCAGAGCUGGAGCGCCCGGGGCUGCCAGCAGGUCCCACGGGAGAAGCUGGAGCUGUUUGCAGUGCUCUGCAUCGAGACCAGUCACUAUGUGUCCUUUGUGAAAUACGGCCCUGGGAAUGAGCACUGGAUGUUCUUCGACAGCAUGGCUGACCGGCACGGUGGUGAAAACGGCUUCAACAUUCCCACGGUGAUGCUGUGCCCAGAAGUUGCCAAAUACCUGGACUUGCCCUUGGCCGUGCUGGCCCUGGAGCAGCCUCGGGACAUGGAUGGGGUGGCCAAACGCCUCUUUUGUGAUGCCUACAUGUACCUGUACCAGAGCAGGAAAAUGGCACUUUACAAGUGACACCAUCCUGGACCAAUGUCAUGGAGCAACAUCAGGAAUUGGAUCAUCCCAGAAGGUGGAAGCAGCUGAGUUUGGAUGCUUUGAGCUGCCUCUUCUCACCUCUCUUGGUGUUAAGUUAUCCAAGUCAGGCUGGGUGUGUUCAGUCCUGGCUUUAUCCAGUGGUAGUUGGUCCUUGGGCACAGCUGGAGUUGGAAUUAUUCAUGCUCAAAUUAAUUCUCAUUCCCCACAUUCCACAAUUCUCUGUCUCCAGGUACUCUGCAGCUGGAGCAUCCCCAUAUCCUUGUUCCCCUGCCAGCCCUUCCCUCCAAAGCUGGGGACCAGCAGAAAUCAAAACACAAGGAAUUAUCUACAGGUUUACCAGGAAAUCACAACCUUUUCUAAAACAUCCUCACUGGAUUUGUGGAGUGAGGAAAAUCAGGUCAGGAUCGAUUUUUCCUCACCCGAGUCCCUCAAUUCCCUGCACUUACCUUAUCCAGCACUAACUGGCACUUUCACCCACCACUCCUUAUUUCCAAUCAUGGCUAUUCUGAGCUGAAGCUAUGCUUUAAAAAUAGGUGUCUUUCCAAGAACCAAACUGGAAGGAGGAUGGGAGCAGAGGAGCAACAUCCGGGCUCUUGCUACUUCCUCUUUUUGGCAAAAUCUGCACAGGAUUCACUGUUCCAAGCUCACUUUUAGCACUUUCUGUCUCAUCAUUGCAUCUGCUUCCAAGUUCUGGGGUCAAAUACCAGAAUUCCAAGGGCAAAAAUGAAACGAAAAAGCACUCUGGGAUUUUCUGCAGGAAGGUUUAGGGUUUGGGUGGGAACUGGUGUUCCUUAAGUUAAAUGAAUUCUUUAAUUUGGGGGCUCUCUGCUAUGAAGUGGGAAGUCAUACUGGUGUCAGUGGGAUGCCCAAAUUCCACAAAAACCUCAAGCAUCCAGGAAUCCCAGAUGUGCAGGUUUAACCCCAUUCCUGCUCUUUCCCCCCCAUCUCUAAUGCAGAGUGGAGUAAUUUUAACAAAGCCUGGAGCUUUGGAUUGAUCCUGGAGGGCUUGGGAUCUUUCUGGCAUUCCAAGUGCUGCCAGCAGGUCCUGGAGGGAUUCUUUCCCUCUGCUCAGCUCUGAUAGGUCACACCUGGAAUACUGGGUCCAGUUUGGAGCUCCCCAGUACAAGAGAGACAAAAUCCAAGGAAAAACCACUGAGAUUAUGAAGGGACUGGAGCAUCUCCUAUGACGAGAGGCUGAGGGAGCUGGAAUUACCCAGCCUGGAGAAUAAAAAAAGGCUCAGGAAAUCUCCUCAAUAUCCAGAAAUACCUGAGGAGAAAGUGCAAAGACACCCAGGAGCUUCUCUGCCCACCAAAAUGGUUCCUAAACAUCAGGAAUUGCAUCUUAUUCAUGAGGGUGACAUGUGCUGGCACAGGUCACUCUCCUUGUUCUUCUUUCUUCCUCUCCCAAAAACUCAGGAACAUCUCUACUGAGGUACAAUGGACUCAUUAUCUUUGGUGCUUUGCUUAAAAAAAAAAAAAAAAACUAAUUUAUAGCAAACUUAUCCUGGAUUUCCUGGAGGUUUUUUUCUGACUCAAAAUGGGAUACAAUAGUGUUGGAAUACCCAGACACCUGGGACCAUCAGGCCAUGCUUUGUUAAGCUCUUAAUUAUUUUCUUCCCUAUAAUUUCUGCC